UUCACCCCCUCCACCGACGCCCCCAAACUCCUCGGCAGGAUCAUCUUCAUCACCGGCGGCACCUCCGCCACCGGCCACUCCACCCUCCUCCACCUGUGCACCCUCUCCCCGGCCGAAAUCUACUUCUCCGGCCGCUCCCACGCCGCCGCCACCGCCCUCAUCGCGCGCGUCGCUGCCCUCGCGCCCUCCGUCGUCCUCCACUUCGUGCAAAUGGACAUGACAGACCUCUCUUCCAUCAAAACCGCCAUCACCACCAAAUUCCGCAACAUUCGCCUCCACCUCCUAAUCUGCUGCGCCGGCAUCAACGCCAAAGACACCCUCGCCAUAAACUCGCUGACGAAAAACGGCUACGAGCGCAACCUGGGCGUCAACCACCUCGCCCACGCCCUCGUGCUCAAGCUCCUGCUGCCCACGCUACUACGCACGGCCGCCAGCCGCCCCUCGGCCGACGUGCGCGUCGUGGUGCUCACGUGCCCCCAAUUCCGCAACGCCUCCACUGUUUCUCUCGCGAAAGCGAGGAGUAUUACGGCGGAGUAUGCGAAUAGCUAUGCCGAGAGCAGGUUUGCGGCCGUGGUGUAUAACUGCGCGCUGGCGGUGCGCUGUAGGAAGAUUACAGCGGUGACGGUGCUGCCGGGG